AUGUGUGACCGCAAAGACCUGACCCUGCUGCCCGCCCUCAGCGCCAUCAUACAGACCUUCGAGAAGUACGCCAGCGUUCAAGGGGACAAGGACAAACUGUGCAAAGCGGAGCUGAAGGCCCUGAUCCAGACCGAGCUGGCUCCAAUGAUCAAGGAAGCGAAAGGCGGCCGUGAGUUUGAAGAACUGUUUAACGCCAUGGACCUCAACAAGGACCAGGAGGUGGACUUCCUGGAGUUCAUGAGUGCUCUGGCCCUUUGCACCUGCAUCUGCCGCGGGAAGUCCCAAAACCAGAACUCUUCACUUCCUCCUCUUCACCUGCUCCUCUUCAUCAGCUCCUCUUCAUCAGCUCCUAUCAUGUCUGGCUGUGAAGAAGAAUCGUGUACGACCCUCCCUGUGUGCAUCUAUGGACUGGCCAUUGUUUUUAAGAGUCACGCCGGGGCAGAUGGGAAACUGAAUACAGGCGAGCUCACGCAGCUACUCAAGGAGGAACUGCCAGGAAUGGGAGGCGGGAACAUGCAGCAGAUGGUGUCACAGAUGCUCACUGAGCUGGACGGGAAAGACAAAGACGGACUGAUGGACUUCCAGGAGUUCAUGCAGCUGGUGACGGUGUACGCCUGUGUCAUGUAUGAGAUGAUGAGUCAGGAAUAA